GGCAGCGGCGAGACCCGGGCGGCGGGGCAGGGAGGGAGGGCGGCCGGGCGGGCAGCGGCCCCGGCCCGCGUCUGCGCCCCUCGCUGUCCCGCGACCCCGGCGCGGGUGCCUCGGGCCCCCCUCGCGCGCCGCCAUGGUGGGCCGGCUGAGCCUGCAGGAUGUGCCCGAGCUCGUGGACGCGAAGAAGAAGGGCGACGGCGUCCUGGACAGCCCGGACUCCGGGCUGCCCCCCAGCCCCAGCCCCAGCCACUGGGGGCUCGCGGCGGGCGGAGGCGGCGGAGGCGGCGGAGAGCGCGCGCCGGCACCGGGGGCGCUGGAGCCCGACGCGGCGGCCACCCCCGCGGCUCCGAGUCCAGCGUCUCUCCCCCUGACUCCCGGCUGUGCGCUGAGGCUGUGUCCCCUGUCCUUUGGCGAAGGAGUGGAGUUUGACCCCUUACCACCAAAGGAAGUAAGGUACACCUCCUCGGUCAAGUACGACUCCGAGCGGCACUUCAUCGACGACGUGCAGCUGCCCCUGGGCCUGGCGGUGGCCUCCUGCAGCCAGACGGUCACCUGCAUCCCCAAUGGCACGUGGCGCAACUACAAGGCUGAGGUGCGUUUCGAGCCACGCCACAGGCCCACGCGCUUCCUCAGCACCACCAUCGUCUACCCCAAGUACCCCAAGACCAUCUACACCACCACCCUGGAUUACAACUGCCGCAAGACGCUGAGGAGGUUCCUGUCCAGUGUGGAGCUCGAAACCGCGGAGCUCCUGGGCACCGACGACCUCUCCGAUGAACGCUGACUCAGCAGGCGGGGCUGGGGUGGGACCGGCUCUCCUGAUGUCCCGCCCCCGACUGCCCUGGCCAAGCUGGGUGACCUUACCCUUCAUGUCAUUCCAGCCCCAGAGGAGUCUAACCUAGAGAUACCUCCAAGCCUGGACGGGGGAAAAGAAAAAAAAUCACUGCAUCUCAUAAUUAUUGAGAUCUUUGUGUUGUAAUUUUCAAGCUGUUUUUAGAGGGAAUCUAUGUCCUGGUUUGCUGCUGUGUGCAGGAAAGCAGCAGCAGUCUGGGACAGGGAGGGGGAGAGCUCUCCCUCAGGUCGGUGUGUCAGAAGAAGAGCGUGGAAAAAGUGAGAUUUAAGAAAUUUCAGCCACGGGUGUCUUCACUGCGCAAAAGUGGUGCUAAUUCAGUAAACGGUGACACCUGUGUGGGUUCAAUCUGUGGAGAGUUGAGUUCCGUUCCUUUGUUUUUAAAUUUCCACCUCCAUUUGUGUUUCCUGUUAACCUAAACUCUUGUAAUUCUCUAAAUCUUUUUUCAUGAUAUA